CUCCUACCAGUGGGACAUGCUCGGAACACCUCUAAAGGGAGACAUCCAGGCGGCAUCCUGAUCAGAUGCCCGAACCACCUCAACUGACUCCUUUCGAUGUAGAGGAGCAGCGGCUCUACUCUAAGCUCCCCCCGGAUGAUGGAGCUCCUCGCCCAACGAUAUCCUCCGUCCAGGAGCUGUCGAGAGUUAUGGACCAUUCUGCUGGGGAGAUCAGCAUUGAGAGAGCCGGCUCAGAUAGAAGGAGAGCUUGACAGACACUGGGACCGACUGCAUCAAGGACUCAGUUACUACAAGCCACCCAGCUCAUCCUCUGCUGGGAAAGUAAAAGAUAACAAAGAUGUUGCGCAGCCACUGAAAGACUUUGGUUUGAGGAUUAGUAAAUUAUUGAAUCUUGAUGAGCAGCAGAGUGUGCAGCUUUUACAAUGCUAUCUACAGGAGGACUACAGAGGAACUCGUGAUUCAUUAAAGGUUGUUCUAAAGGAUGAGCGGCAGAGCCAGGCACUUCUGCUUAAGAUAGCUGAUUAUUAUUACGAGGAGCGCAUGUGUCUGCUCAGAUGUGUUCUCCUCCUGCUGACAUACUUUCAAGAUGAACGGCAUCCUUAUCGGGCGGAGUACAGUAACUGUGUGAACAAGUUGGAGAAGGACUUGGUGAGCAACUAUCAGUCACAGUUUGAAACUCUCUUCAAAGCCGAGGCACCAACAUGGGAAACUCACGGCAACCUCAUGACGGAGAGGCAGGUUUCCCGGUGGUUCUUGCAGUGUUUGAGAGAGCAGUCUCUGCUGCUGGAAAUCAUUUUUCUGUAUUAUGCUUACUUUGAGAUGAGUCCAUCCGACCUUCUAAACUUUACCAGAAUGUUCAAAGAGCAGGGCUUUGGUUUGCGACAGACAAACAGACACUUGGUAGACAAAAGCAUGGAUGCCCUGGUUGAUCGAAUCGGAUACUUGAGUUGUCUCAUCCUGGUCGAGGGAAUGGACAUAGACUUCCUGCAUAAGUGCGCUCUGGAGGAUUGUACAGAACAGCACCAGUUUUCCUCUGCUCCUAACGUCAUUAAGGAGAUGGAUCAGCUGCUGCUGACUUUAGGUGACAUUCCUCAUCAUGGACCUGUGUUGUUGGCCUGGGUGCUGCUGAGACACACACUCAGACCAGAAGAGUCCAAUCCUGUGGUCAGGAGGAUCGGCAACACGGCGCUGCAGCUCGGGGUGUUCAAGUACCUGUCAACCAUGCUGAAGGGCCUCGGAUUCUCAGGGAAUAAUUGCACAGCAAGCACAGCAAAAAUGUGUAUUUAUGGCCUCCUUUCAUUUGUGAUCACCUCCUUUGAAGAAGAAAGCCUACAGAGUGACGGUGUGGAAACACAGACCUCUCACCUGAUUGAUGCUGCCUGUGAAGUUCUCUCUGCUCCCAGUUUGGCUGAGAUCUUUUGGGAAAUGAAGCCAAACAUGGGACUGGGAAUGAUCCUGGACAGUGCAGUUGGAAUGUUCCCUCAUAAGAUAGGACCUCUGCUGCAGCUUCUAACUGCACUUGUGUCAAACAAAUCGACUGUAAAAAAGGUGUACAACUUCUUGGAUAAGAUGUCCUUUUACACACAAGUUUACAAACACAAACCCAAUGAUAUCGUUUCAAAGGAUGAUGAGACGCUGUGGAGGAGACAAACUCCAAAACUCCUCUACCCUCUGGGCACAGGGCAGACUAACCUGUGGAUGCCACAGGGCGUGCUGGGCCAGGUGGUGAUUGCGGGUGAACAGGGCUACAUGGUGCGCUGGGACUACUCCUACAGCUCCUGGACUCUGUUCACCUGCGAGGUGGAGAUGCUGCUUCAUGUUGUUUCCACUGCAGAUGUUCUAGCUCACUGCGCACGCGUGAAACCCAUCCUGGAUCUGGUCCAUAAGGUCAUCAGUGUGGACUGGACCGUGUCGGAUUGUUUGUUGCCUCUCACGUCUCGCAUUUACAUGUUGCUGCAGAGGUUAACUUCAGUCAUCAACCCACCAGUGGAUGUGAUUGCCUCCUGUGUGAACUGUCUGUCUGUACUGGCUGCGAGGAUGCCAGUGAAGGUGUGGUCCAGUCUGCAACACACGGGUUUCCUCCCUUUUGCCUCUAGCCCUUUGACCAGCAUGUCUCAGUGCAUCAGUGCUGAAGGGAUGAAGGCGGGAAACUAUGGGAACCUACUGGUCCAGAUUGAGCAGCCUAGAGGGGAGUAUGCUGUGACGAUCGCCUUCCUUCGUCUAAUUACAACCCUGGUUAAGGGUCAGCUUGGCAGCACCCAGAACAAAGGUCUGAUCCCCUGCGUGCUGCUGGUGUUAAAGGAGAUGCUGCCCACUUACCACAAGUGGCGCUACAACACCUACGGAGUCAGAGAGAGAAUAGGUUGUCUGAUUUUGGAGCUGAUUCAUGCCAUCCUCAAUCUGAAUCCUGAGGGAGAGGAGCAGAGCAGCACUCCCACCCUGCAGUCUAUUUGCAUCUACAGCCUGGCAAACGCCGAAGCUGGACAAGCUGUCGUUAACAUCAUGGCAGUGGGAGUGGACACCAUAGACCUGGUCCUGGCUGCACAGCCCAGCAGCUGUGGCUCUGAGGGUCCUGGUCAAGUCCUGAUCCAGACAGUCAAGCUGGCCUUUUCUGUCACGAACAACGUUAUUCGUCUGAAGCCCCCGUCGGAUGCGGUUUCCCCCCUGGAGCAGGCGCUGACGCAGCACGGCGGUCACGGCAAUAACCUCGUCGUUGUCCUGGCCAAAUAUAUUUACCACAAGCACGACCCGGCGCUCCCUCGUCUGGCCAUCCAGCUCCUCAAGCGACUCGCCACUGUGGCUCCUAUGUCGGUUUACGCCUGCCUUGGCAGCGAUGCAACAGCCAUCAGGGAUGCAUUCCUCACUCGGCUGCAGAGUAAGACAGAAGAUAUGAGGAUCAAAGUGAUGAUCUUGGAGUUCCUCACUGUGGCGGUGGAAACCCAGCCAGGCCUCAUCGAGCUCUUCCUCAACCUGGAAGCAAAAGAUGGAAGCGAAGGAUCGAAAGAGUUCCUGCUGGGCGAGUGGAGCUGCCUUCAUGUGGUGUUGGAGCUGAUCGACUCCAAACAGCAGGGGAAGUACUGGUGCCCCCCGCUUCUUCACCGUGCAGCCCUGGCCUUCCUCCUGGCUCUUUGGCAGGAUCGCAGAGACAGCGCCAUCUCAGUUCUGCGCUCCAAAGAAAAGUUUUGGGAGAAUUUGUCAACACCUCUGUUUGGAACCCUUAUCCCUCCUUCAGACACCACAGAGCCCUGUGUCCUGGAGGCCUGCGCUUUUGUCAUGAAGAUUAUUGGCCUGGAGAUUUACUACGUUCACAGCGGUUCCCUGGAGCAGUCUCUGAAGGACGGACUUCAAAAGUUUUCAAACGCGCGACGCUACGAGUACUGGUCCCAAUAUGUCAGGUCCCUGGUGUGCCACGUGGCCGAGUCAGAGGAGGAGGGCAUCUGCUACUUCUCAGAGACACAGAUGUUGAUCUCUGCUUGGCGGAUGCUGCUGAUCCUGUCCACCAGCCACGCUGAUGUGAUGCAUCUAACUGAGGACGCCAGGAUGAAACUGUUUAUGGAUGUCCUGGAUGGGGCUAAAGCUGUUCUGACCACACCCACGUCUGUGCCUUGUCUUCGACUUGGAUCUAUGAUGGCGACUCUGCUGCUCAUCCUGCUCAAACAGUGGAAAAGUGUUGUAGCUGCAGCUCCAGACAUCAUGUCUCCUCUCUCCCUCAUCCUGGAAAGUGUUUUACAAACUGACCAACAGAUGAUGGAGAAGACCAAAGCCAAAAUCUUCGCUGCACUCAUUUCUGUGCUGCAAAUUCAGGGACUCAACGGUGGAGAUAUUUCCCAGCUGCCCCAGCUGCUGCUGUCUGUGUGUGAGACGGUUAAAGACGAGGCGCUGGCUCUCAUCGACAGCACCUGCCACACGAGACAGAUGGAGGACAUGGUGGAGAACGAGGACAGCAUGGAGACAGAUUCUCCUCGGGGUCCACAGAAGGACCAGAGAGACGGGAUGUGUGUUUUAGCGCUCCACUUAGCCAAGGAGCUGUGUCGCACCGAUGAGGAUGGUGAGCACUGGGUGUCUGUGAUGAGGAAGGUCCCGGUCCUUCCCUCGGUGCUGAGCGCCGUGGAGCUCAGCCUGCGCGCCAAACAGAACCUUUAUUUUACAGAGGCCGCUCUUCAUCUGCUGCUCACUCUGGCUCGAACUCCUCAGGGAGCAGCAGCUGUGGCCGGAGCUGGAGUCAUCCAAACCAUCUGCCUCCCUCUGUUGAGCGUAUACGAGGUCCCAGCAAACGGUGGAUCACAGCAGAGUUUCUCCAGGAAGUCCCAGGACUCCACCUGCUGGUCGGGUGUGUAUCGCCUCUGCAUGUCUUUAAUGGAGAGUCUUCUCAAAACUCUGCGCUACAACUUCAUCAAUGAAGCCCUGGACUUUGUUGGAGUACAUCAGGAACGCAUAUUACAGUGUCUGAACGCUGUUCGCACCGUUCAGAGCCUCGCCUGUUUGGACGAGGCAGAUCACACCGUUGGAUUCCUCCUGCAGCUCUCCAGCUUCUGUAAAGAGUGGCAGUUCCACCUGCCUAAUCUGCUCAGAGACGUGCAGGUAAACCUGUGUUACCUGUGCCAGACCUGCACCUACCUGCUGCACAGUAAGAAGAUGCUCCAUCAUUACCUACAGGCCAAGAAUGGUGAGGCGUUGCCUCCUGGUCCCCUCCCCAGGGCACAGCGGCCCCCCCAGUCCCUGACUAAAGAUGCAGCAGGAGGGGGGGACAGAGAGGAGGCUGAGCAGAAGGCCCUGCUGACGGUGCAGUGCAGCCUUCUAAAGAUCCUCAGUAAAACUCUGGCAACUCUGCAGCACUUCACUCCAGACUUCUGCCAGAUCCUCCUGGACCAGUGUAUGGACCUGGCUGAGUACAGGACCCUGUUUGCACUCAGCUUCACAACUCCUGCGUUUGACCCUGAUGUAGCCCCGUCGUUUGGGACCCUGCUGGCCACCAUUAAUGUGGCUCUGAGCAUGCUGAGUGAGAUGGAGAAGAAGAAGGAGCCAGCGUCUCUAAGCAUAGUUUCCCUGGCUUCAUCAGAGGAGAUCCAGGCUCUGAAGUCGUUGCUGAUGUUCACCAUGGAGAACUGCUUCUAUGUUCUGAUCUCUCAGGCUGUUCGAUGUCUCAAAGAUUCCUCCAUCCUCCCUCGAGACAAGCAGAGGCUGAAGCAGGAGCUCAGCUCUGAGCUGAGCACUCUUCUCUCCAGCCUGUCCCGCCACUUACGCAGAGGCUCUCCCUUAUCUCCAGCCAGCGGGCUCCUCCCCCCUCUUCAGUCCAAACCCUCCACACCGGGCUCAAAGGCGAGCCACGAAGGCCAGGAGCCCAUCAUCCAGCUCGUCCAGGCUUUUGUCAGACUUGUGCAAAGAUAACUAGUUAAAAACUGCACCGCCGAUUUCACUAAAAUACAUUUUUUAAAACUAUUUCUCCUGUAAAAAACCCUAAUUUCAUACCUUCAUACCAGUAGUUCAAGUUAAACUGUUUUUUGAGUUUGUUGUAAUAAUAGCAUAUUGUAAAAUAUUAAUGGGUGCCAAAAUCUGAACACAGUUUAGCUAAAAGUCACCUGAAACAGAACCAAAGUGUUGAUGAGAAGCUGCCUGAGGUGUUUACUCUCGAUGAAGAGCUGAGAUUUGACUCAGUCACUGACAGUGGUCCAUUGUUCAAGACCUAGUUUUAUAGGUUACACAACAGCUCGAUGACCAGAAACAUUUCAAGUGCUCCUUAAAUAUGUCAACUCUAAACAGUGGAUCCUGUAAAGCUGUUACCAUUUUCUAUUUCGUUGUUUUCUCUAUAUCUUAACCUGAGUUCUUUUAUUUUAUUGAGUUCACAUUCUGAAGUGAUGGUUGAGAUUUGUACUUUAGGAUCAAUUUUAUGUCAAUAAAGGGACUUUUGUACCACA